ACCAAGAGAAAUUGAAAAUGGAAAAGUCGAUUCCAUCAACGCCCUUUUUUUUUUAAUAUAAUAUUCUUUAUUAUUAAAAUUAAACCAAAAAAAAACAAUUAUUUAAGAAAGGGGAAGAAAGAACAUUUGGGUGAGGGUUUUAGAGAGAGAAAGAGAAGGCCGGAAUCUGAAAGACAAGACACAGAGAAAAAGAGAGAGAGAGAGAGAGAUGUCGGGAGGAAUAGCGCGUGGUCGACUCGCCGAGGAACGUAAGGCAUGGAGGAAGAACCAUCCCCAUGGUUUUGUUGCGAAACCAGAGACGUUGCCUGAUGGAACGGUCAAUUUGAUGGUGUGGCAUUGCACGAUCCCUGGUAAAGCAGGAACUGAUUGGGAGGGUGGCUACUUCCCGCUCACGCUCCAUUUCAGUGAAGAUUAUCCCAGCAAGCCUCCAAAGUGUAAAUUUCCCCAGGGCUUUUUCCACCCAAAUGUUUAUCCAUCUGGUACUGUUUGCCUUUCAAUCCUAAAUGAGGAUAGUGGUUGGAGACCAGCCAUAACUGUGAAGCAGAUUCUUAUUGGAAUCCAAGAUCUUCUGGAUGCUCCAAACCCUGCUGAUCCUGCUCAAACUGAAGGGUAUCACCUCUUCAUCCAGGAUGCUAAUGAAUAUAAGAGAAGGGUUCGCCAGCAAGCCAAGCAGUACCCACCUCUGGUCUAGUCUGUUGUUAUUAAAAAAUAGUAACUAAGACUUUCCAUGAAAUUGCUGGUAAAAUGCCGGCUGGGUUGGCUGCUUGCCUCAUGUAUAUUGCUAGACUUGGCUUUUGCUAAGAGAAAAUAUGCUUCCUUGGGUAUUUGGUAAUCUAUAUAAACUGUAUGAACCAGCAUUGGUAUUUCAACUCUCAUCGGAUUCGGAUUAAUGGUUGUUUCUAAUUUUAUACUACUAGACUGAUAGCUCCAAA